AUGGCAACGGAUUCACUUCCCACAAGCCUGUCCCAUGCGUUGGGCUCUCCGCUCUUGAGCACGCGUCAAUGCGCCGUGCAACUUCCCUCAAAUAUCGCGGUCGGCUCUGUUAUUGUUGGUGGAUUUACAGCCUGCAUUAUGGCCAAAUAUGCUCUCCAUCAUGCCUCCCAACACCCCGAACUGCAGAACCAGGUUGACCUUCGCUACUCUGAAGUUCACUUCUACCGUCCGAUAUUUGCCUCAACGCCAAUUACCCUGACCUUGCGAGAGGUGCAUAUCGCCAAAGAAGGGUCUACCCUUCGUGUCGAAUCACACCAGAAUGGCAAACUCACCGCUUCUGCUCAUAUCAGAAUCACCAAACCAUCAGUCGCAGUCGACCUUGCGAAACUCGAGACAGACAAUGACCCCAACUGGAUCUCCUACCACUGCGCCUUCUACCCACAGGAUUCCGAAGAGGAGAAUGCCCGCAAUGAAGCAUGGAGUGAUUGGAGAGUUAUCGACGAUGACGGCAGCAAGGAAUUCUUGGGCAAAGUGCUGAAUGUCUCCUUGACUCUCUCUACGGACAUCAAGCAAAAGCUUCCCCCUGAGGGUGUCCGAUGGCUCUAUCUGCGGACUGAAUGCAAGAAAAUUAUGAAUGGCCAAAUGGAUAUGCAGGUCCUUGUAUUUAAUGAAAGGAUGUAUUUCAUUGCUAUCAGUCGUCAAGUGGCGGUUCUUGUUCCCGCGAAGUCGAAGAUUCAGAAGUUGUGA